AUGAUACUGGGACAGGUCUCUUGGCUUGACUGUAUUGUUUUUUUAGUAUUUUUGACCCCGCAAUUGAUUGCCCACGCUGGCUUCUUUCGCACCCUGAGCUGCGGCUUACAGGCUUUACCGUUUCUCCUUAUAAAACUGCCUUUGAGUUUUAUCCACGAUCGGUAUAUCCUCGACCGUGCAUACCGAGAUCCGUUCGUACAGCAUGCAACAUGGUUUGAGGAUAUUACUGUUCGGUGUGUUCGAUAUGCAUUUGCAUACAUCCCUCCCGAUAUAGGAAGAGUCUUCCUCUCGCAGCCCGUCGCAUUGCCGUUUUUGAGAUUUCGAAUGUUCCGGCACGGGUACCUGCAUUCUCCUAUACAUUGGCAUGAAGUCAAACAGAACGAUUUUCAAGGUCUUUGGAUCAUUGAAAAUCAAUUUCAAGAGCCGGAUGUUGUUAUUUACUAUGCCCAUGGAGGUGGCUUCUCAAUGGGCUCCAGUUAUUUCUACCUCGAGUUCUUCCUAGCAUGGCUAUCUCUUCUAAAAUCUUCCGGCUUCCGGAACCCCGCCAUCUUCUCGCUGGAAUAUACUCUCGUCCCCGACAAAUCUUAUCCCGUCCAACUGCUUCAAACCAUUGCAGGCUACAAGCAUGUGUUAUCACUCAGUUGCGACCCAGCCAGGAUCUGCGUGAGUGGCGACUCCGCGGGCGCAACCUUAAUUCUCAGCCUCCUUCUGUAUCUCGAGAGCAUAACAAUGGAUACCCUAGCCAACAUUACGGACGGGAAAGAAAUUAGAGAUAUAAGACCCGGCCUAGCCGUCCUCAUCUCUCCCUGGGUCACCCUCGUUUCGCCCAAAGACAAAAUUACCUCAGGCGACUACCUGAACCCGACCACUCUCCACCAGUACGCACAUCAAUAUGCCAACAAAGCCAUAAUCAAUAGCUCGCUUGUUUCGCCUGGGAAUUGCAAAAAUGCAGAACGGUGGAAGAUAGCCAGUCCUGCGAAAGGAUUUUUCAUACAUUACGGCUCUGAAGAAGUUUUUGCACAGGAGAUCCGCGAUUGGGUGGUGUUGUUGAAGAGUGCUGGUAUUGCAGUUGAAAGCUGGGAAGAGAAAGGCGGCAUACAUGCAUGGCCAGUCGCAGCGCUGUUCUUGAGUAGCACGAGAGAAAGGCAGAAGGGAAUUAAGAUGAUAUCUGAGAGGAUUAGGAAGCUCAUGUGCAGCAAGUGA